AUGAAUCCUCACGUCCCUCUGAAGAUGUUUGCAGUCUUGCUUUGGUUCUCUUCCCGGACCACAGCAACCGGAGAUCCCAACACAUGCCCAGAAGUGAAGCUUGUGGGUCUUUCUGGUCAGGAGAAGCUCGCCAUCCUCCAGGGGUGCCCUGGCAUUCCAGGAGCAGCUGGAAUCCCUGGAGAAAAAGGGGCACCUGGCAUGGCAGGCCAAAAAGGAGACCCAGGACCUGCUGGCAAACAAGGGCCAAAAGGGGAACCAGGAGACCCGAUGGACUUUUCGGCUGGCUGCCGAAGUGCACCCAGGAGCUGCAUGGAGUUACUGAGCAAAGGCAACUUCUUGAGCGGCUGGUACACCAUCUGUCUGCUGGACUGCCGGCCGCUGAGAGUCUUCUGUGAUAUGGAUACAGAUGGAGGGGGAUGGCUGGUAUUUCAGAGACGGGUAGAUGGGUCUGUUGACUUCUACCGAACUUGGAAUGACUACAAGAGAGGCUUUGGAAAUGAGCUGUCAGAAUUCUGGUUGGGCAACAAGAACAUCCAUCUGCUCACAAGUGAAGGGAUCCUGCAGCUCCGUGUGGACUUGGUAGACUUUGAUGAUAUGAAAACCUUUGCUCAUUAUGAAUCAUUCCAGCUCAGGGGCGAAGAGGAGAACUAUCAGCUUGUUCUGGGGCAGUUCCUGAGUGGCUCAGCAGGCGAUUCCAUGACUUUUCAUAGCGGGCUGCCCUUUUCCACCCAUGACAAUGACCAUGACAGCGGGUCACAGAACUGCGCAGUCACCGUGCACGGAGCCUGGUGGUAUGCAAACUGCUACAAAUCCAACCUGAACGGGGGCUAUCCGAUUGGUGCUAGGAAGGGCCAGAGGUAUGGCAUCGAUUGGGCAAGCGGCAAAGGAGUUGGCACUUCCUACAAGCGCACAGAGAUGAAAAUGCGCUAAAUACAUACUGCAGUGAGAAUCCGUGUUGGGCCUAUGGGAAAACCAA